UCAGAGGAAACAAUUUGUUCUCCACCACGACGAUGAUUGGGGGAGGGGCGAGGAGAGGGAACGCGCGCCCUGGGAGUCUGCCCCGUGUUCGCCGCCGGAGCUGUUGCCCUCCGAUGUUGCUACUGAACCAACAAAGUGCGCGUGUGCUACACCAAUUCACCAAUUCCACAAUAAUUCUUCUCUCUCUCUCCACAAACAUCUGAGUGCUGACCGGGACGCGUCUCCGAGUCUCGUCACUCUCACACAGCUCACUCGCAGUUUCACGAGCCGUCGUCACCCCAGUGCAGCAUCGUUCUCGCGCGAAGCCCCUCCUGGCCCCGCCGCCGCGCGGCUCCCCACGGUCAAUAGAGUCCGACAGCUCCCCCUCACCCCAGAUCCGAUCCGCCCCGCCGUAGAAUCCAGUCCAAUGCGAGACGAUAAUCCCGUGGAGACGACUAAUCCGCGGAGAUGAUUUUGUGCGGAAUAAGUACAACUGCAGACCGGAAGCUAUACUCCCCCUCGUCCCUUUCCGGCGAAGGGGAAGCUGCCGAGAGCGGAGCUUAUCCCCGCAGCGACGCGGUCGUGUAAAGUACCCCUAUCCAUUGCGUUAAAUAGACCAGUAGUGGAAUGCGCUAAAGUAUCGAUCAAUGGUAAACAAAGCGGAGACGACUAACCGGCAUGCCGAAUUAACUGCGGGUUGAGAGUUAACGGGAAGGUGGGCUCGACUAAACCGAUUAAUCGCACUACUCAUCCGAACUCGGCGAAACUAAAAACGAUUCAACCUGAAACGUGAUCCAUGAGUAGUCGGUGUGCUCAUUCUUUUCUCCCGGCCCACAGGCGACUCGCUGACGAGGACGACGAGCUGUCCGAGGUGCAGCCGGACGCGGUGCCGCCAGAGGUGCGCGAGUGGCUCGCCUCCACCUUCACGAGGCAGUUGGCCACCCAGCGGCGGAGGCCCGACGAGAAGCCCAAGUUCCGGUCGGUGGCGCACGCCAUCCGGGCCGGCAUCUUCGUCGACCGGAUCUACCGGAGGGUGUCAAAUGCGGCGCUCAUGCAGUUCCCGCCGGAGGUGGUGCGGGUGCUCAAGACGCUGGACGACUGGUCCUUCGACGUGUUCGCCCUGAACGAGGCGGCGUCGGGUCAGCCAAUCAAGUACCUGGGUUACGACUUACUAAAUAGAUAUGGUAUCAUCCACAAGUUCAAGGUGCCGCCCACCGUCCUAGAGACCCUCCUCGGCCGGAUCGAGGAGGGCUACAGCCGGCACAAGAACCCGUACCACAACAACCUGCACGCGGCCGACGUGGCGCAGGGCGUGCACUACAUGCUCUGCCAGACGGGGCUCAUGAACUGGCUCACGGACUUAGAAAUAUUCGCCACCCUGUUAGCGGCGAUAGUCCACGACUACGAGCACACGGGUACGACCAACAACUUCCACGUCAUGUCCGGGUCGGACACGGCGCUCCUCUACAACGACCGCGCCGUCCUCGAGAACCACCACAUCAGCGCCGCCUUCAG